GAAACAAAUGCUGCUUCUUUCCUGUGUUGAAGUCUUGUCUGUAGUUUCUUUAUCACACCAAAAACUAGCACACAUGAGGUGCCUGACAAGCAUCUCCACUGACAGUUCAUGAAUCCACUAGGACGUCACUCGUGGUCAGAGUCCAAGAGUCUGAGAGUUUAUGCUGCAGAGGAAGAAUAUGAUUCAAAUCAAAGGAUUAUUAUUUGCAGCUGCAAAGAGAGACCACAAGGUGUCGCUCUAAUGCUUCUGUAGUUUAUGUUCAUGUGAAAAAUUUGACAUAAAAAGAAAAUUACUAAAUUUGAAAAUCUCCUUUUUUUUUUCCGAAUCACUUAUCCAAUCCAGAGUUGUGGUGAGACUGGAGCCUAUGCAGGUGCCAGGAGGUGAACGGUAAGGUGCACCCUGGACAGGUUACCAGUGUAUCACAGGAGUAACACAGAGACACACAGUCAUUCAUGCAUGUGUUUGGACUGUGAGACGAGCCUAGACUACCUAAAGAGAACCCACGCAGGUACAGGGAGAACAGACCAACUCCACACAGAAAGGCUCCAGCCGGCUGGCAGAUUCAAACCCAGGACCUUCUUUCUACCGGCUGGUGUGAAAUAUUCAAAACUGAUCAUGAGCAGAAACUUCUUGUCCAAAAAUGACGAGCUCCGCAGGGGAGACUACCUGGUGUCCAACAACAAGCAGUUCAAAGCUAUAUUUCAGGAUGAUGGUAACUUUGUCAUCUAUGGCUGGAAGCCUUUGUGGGCUUCGAACACCUGUGGAUCUGAUGCUUUCCGUCUGUGCAUGCAGGCUGACUGCAACCUGGUCCUGUACAACAAAUGUAACACGCCUAGGUGGAGCACAAACUCUUGCGGACCUGUCGCCAACCUGUGCCGUCUUCAACUGACCGAUGACGGAAAACUGGUGGUGAACAGAGAGUCCGAACAAAUCUGGAACUCUUAAAAGUCCAAAGGCAUGAAGUGAUGCUUGUGUAUGACCGUCCUUUGGCAUAAACCUUCAGCGAUACUAUUAAAGCAACAUAUUCCAGUGCAUAAACAAGCCUUUCCUUUUUCUUUCUGUUUAGCUUUGAUCAGACUCUGAAUUUUAGCUCUGAAUGUGCACGUUCACUCACAGCUUCCAUGUUAUUGUAAAACACAAAGGAAUGUAACCAAGUGGCAAAAAAAUUAAUAAAUAAAAUGAAAGGUAUUUG